AUGUCCACUAUCCCGCGAUCACUCCUGGCGUCCAGUGCCAAUGCCAAGCACUUUUUAGAUCGAGCAGUUGAGGCACUCGGAUUUCUCAAGAGAGAGUCGCGAAUCCAAAUUGCGUUUCCGGAUGGUUGGAAGGACCUUAGCAGUGAUCCUGGAACAGUCGGUGAAUGGUACAGGCUACAAGGGGGGUGCACUCGCUUCCAAACCGUUCUGUAUUGCAAGUUUAAGACGGGCGUGCAGCACGAAUAUAUUCUGCUGCCACUUUUCGAAAGGCCAGACCAGCCUACACAAUGGUUCUGCAAGAUUGAACGAAUGGCCGAUCCCCGGUUCAAAGACCGAAUAAACGCCAUAGGAAUCCAUGGCACCGAUGCCUUUGAUUAUGUCCAGGUCUUCGAUAGGGCCAGUAACGAGUACCAGGAUCUCAAGGAGAAUUGUUUUAUUGUAGCUGAUAUUCAUUAUCCCCGCACGCUUGACCUCUAUCACGCACUUGCAAUUUGCUGGGCUAUUGGCAGUAACCCAAAAACGCAACGCUACACCUUACAACAAUUCAACUGCUAUUUUUUCUCUUGGACUAUUGUGCUCUGUUUAGCUCGCUAUGCUACAGGGUGGGAGGUAACCUAUCGUAGUUGUAUCGAAGAGAUAAAGGAAGAGAUACUCAAUUCGGUCGAGAGCUCGGAUUCCACAACUCAAGCAAAGUUGCUAUUGAUAUUAUCCAAGAUUCGAAGAUCGGGCAGCGAGGAAUCACAAGAUCAACACUCGCUUCUUAGUACUUUGGGAGUCGAACUUGGAGGCGAAGGGUUUACUUCUGCCAUGGGUAAAUCCAUUAGCUCAAUGCUCUGGGAAGAAAAUGGCCCCGAUUUUAUUCGAACAGCGCUCAGGGGUCGACUCAAGGUCCUAGCAGAUAAUACAGUGGACUUACUGGCAGAAGGGUUGGGGAUUGACAACGAGUUACCCUUGAUAUACCAACGAAAGGAGGCUGGUCCACGGAGUAUACAUCGAUACUCACUUGAGGCUGCCAAAAUAUUCCAUAGAGAUGCAUGGAGACAGGCCCCGGGACACGUCAAGGAGCUCGAGCGUGGAAUAAAAAAUGAGCGUGGUUCCACAGAGGAUGUAGGUGCCCAUAAGUCUUUGGCUCAUCGAAUUGGCGCUUCACGCGGAGUUGUACUCGCAAUAAUGCCUGCAUUCAUUACACAGUACGGCUACCAGGGAGCUUAUCUUGCGGCGCGCGCUGAUGACAGACUCUGGCGUCAUGAUGGAAGGGACAGAACACUACGGAAAAUUCUUUUUGUUGGAAACACAAUCAGGCAUCUUCCUCGUCAUGUCUAUUAUGCAACCAAGAUUGCCCUCCCAUACACUUCAAUCGUUACCUCAAAGGUCAAGGAGUUGGAUACAACGUUCUUUGAAAUUGGUCAAGCUGGGGUAGCCCGGAUGGUUAGCGAACUCCAUCAUGGUAUACAGGACAAAUAUGGCCCCCAUACGCUUCAGGAUACCAUAGUCGAAUUAAGGGAGAAAAACCCGGAGUGGGACGAGCAGAUGAUUCGCCAAGUUAUAGUGGAGAUUAUAUUUGAACUUGCCAAUGAAAUUGGGGCGGUAGAAAUGAGCCCGAAAGAGAUAUGGGAUGUUAUGUUGUGGCAAUGCCUUGGCGAAAUCAUAACGGAUGUAGUUCUGAAGGUGAUUAAGAGGCAUCUGCUAAACAUCGGGUUUAAAUGGAGACAGAACACUUCAUUGGACUCGAUAAACCAACCUUCAGAGCCGGCUACAAAAUCUCAUCAAGAACUACAGACCUUCAUGCGCCAGAGAAUAGAACGAUUAAGCAAGCGCCAAAUCGAGACUAUGCGAAUUGUUGAACACAUACCCGCUCCAUUUGCAACUCCCGCUCCUCAGUCUCAAAAGGAAAUGGAGGAUCAAAUAGAGGCAAUUUGGAGAGGAAGCAUACCAAUACUAGAAGAUCACCAGAGCUUUACUGUCUCCUCAAGGUUGUUCCAUGAGCUGAAUGGGAUUUCACAUCCAGUUACGAUACUCGGAUAUCCCGCUGGGACAUUCGCUACGCUGUAUAGAUCAAGACCUAAGAUCCUGAAAAAGUUAACGCAUACCAAGAAUUACUCAACAAAUCAAUCAAAGAUAGGCGCCGACUCAGCACAAAAGCCUCCGCCUAAAGAGCUAAGGACGCAUAUCGAAAAGUUCUUUGCUAAAUAUCCCGGUUUUGACUACGACCCAACCAAGCCGUGUAUGGACGAAUUCAAGCGUCUAAAACAAUGGACAGGAUGGCAAAAGAGUAUCGAUGAAUUCGAAAAAGCUCGUAAAGGAAUGAAUGGGGCGCUAACCAACCAAUUCAAUGCUAUAUACGGAAAGGAUCCUGAGGACCUCAGUGCUUGGCGAAACCUUUGCAGCGCACUCAACCUUGCUGAAAUACCUACCAAUAUUCCGGCUUGUAAAAAGCUUAUCAGGUCAUUAUACAUCAACAUCGUGGAUCUGGUCGACCAACCGGUGACUGACGUCCGCGUGGGAUAUUUCCGCACGGAACAAGAAUUAGCUAUAUACACUAGAGAAACGGAAAAAGCAGCCUCGUCGCAGGGUCGCUCUAAACCAAAGUUGCGCAAGGCAGGAGACUCGCCCGUUACAAAGCUGUAA